UGACGCGUUCCAUUCCGGUCCAAGCUCAGAGCGUUCUAACCUCGAGUGGUCCACGGAGCCAGCCCGAGUUUUAACGACAAUCAUUCGCUUAGACAUAGGCCUAUCGUUUAGGAUUUUUUAUUUCGCCUUUAUUUAACCUGAUACAUGAUACAUUUGGUGUGUAAAAAAAAAAAAAGUUACAACUGAAAAAGAGAGGUUUGUCGUUUAUGCUUUUAAUUAAACGUGGCGUAGGGAAUACUCAGUGAAAUGUAGCCUAAACAGUUGCAAAAACAUAUUUCUCUGUUCUGUAGACAUGCGUAGCCUGUUAGAUUGGGACACGGAUCAAAUUUAUCUCAAAUGUCAACGCGGCGAGUUUGUGGCGUUUGGCUGAAACCGCAAGUCUGAGGCAAGGCGCGGGCCACUCCGACGGACGACGAGGAUAGCGACGUGAUUUUGUUUCAGUAUCAGAGUUACAGGGAAUUUCAAUGUGAUCCAUUACGUCCAUCGAUAUGUUAUCACAUUAAUCUGUACGCAUUCGCUUUCUAAUUUGUAUUGUGACACACCGCUUGAGGGUGGAGGGGCAAAGAUCAGAUCAGGACUGAGUGCACGUGUUUGUGAGAAUUACCGGAGACGCAAACAUCUAAACGGAUCGGUUCGUAGGCUACCACAACAACGAUCACGACGCGGUUCAUUUCUGACGACCUCGAUGGUGUAUGAACGCGUUGACAGUCCUGGAUCUCCUGCUGCGCUUUGCCGUGAACUUUUGACCAUCUCUCCCGGAGAUAAUAACCCCACUCCGGCACAGCCCCAUCCAAGUUUUGAGCGUCGGAUUCCGGGGAAGGGAAGAAGGACACGGAGGAGAUAUGGCGGUGACCGUGACUUUAUCGCUCUCUCUCCUUCUCUUAUCUCUCUCAAGUACAGGAGCGGAGAAUGCCGAGGAGCGGCUGGUGAACUACCUGUUGAGUCCAGAGCGUUAUAACAAACUGAUCCGUCCUGCUGUUAACAAGAGCCAGCAGGUUACCAUCUCUAUACAGGUGUCUCUGUCACAGCUCAUCAGUGUGAAUGAGAGAGAACAGAUUAUGACCACCAACCUCUGGCUGUUCCAGGAGUGGAAUGACUACAGACUGAGAUGGGACCCAGAGAAAUACGAAGGCAUCAAAAAACUACGAAUUCCAUCUCAACACAUUUGGCUUCCUGAUAUUGUUCUCUACAACAAUGCGGACGGGGUGUACGAGGUCUCCUUCUAUUGCAACGCCGUGGUGUCCAACACAGGAGACAUCUUCUGGCUCCCGCCUGCCAUCUACAAGUCAGCCUGCGCCAUCGAGGUCCAGCACUUCCCCUUCGACCAGCAGAACUGCACACUCAAGUUCCGCUCGUGGACCUACGACCACACCGAAGUCGACCUCAUCCUCACCAGCGACUUCGCCAGCCGGGACGACUUCACGCCGAGUGGCGAGUGGGACAUCGUGUCGCUGCCCGCCCGCAAGAACGAAGACCCCGACGACAUCACCUACCUGGACAUCACCUACGACUUUGUCAUCAAGAGGAAGCCUCUGUUCUACACCAUCAACCUGAUCAUCCCCUGUGUGCUGAUCACCUCUCUGGCCAUCCUGGUCUUCUACCUGCCCUCUGACUGUGGGGAGAAGAUGACCCUGUGUAUCUCUGUCCUGCUGGCCCUCACUGUCUUCCUGCUGCUCAUCUCUAAGAUAGUACCGCCCACCUCUCUGGCUGUGCCUCUCAUAGGUAAAUACCUGAUGUUCACUAUGGUGUUGGUGACCUUCUCCAUCGUGACCAGUGUGUGUGUCCUCAACGUUCACCACCGCUCCCCGUCCACCCACCGCAUGCCUGACUGGGUCAAACGCCUCUUCCUGCUUCGCCUCCCCGCCUUCCUCCUCAUGAGACGACCCGGGAACAGUAACGUCCGGGAAAAACUUCGACGGAAGCAGGCCACUGCCGCGAACACCACCUCCGGGAACCCUGGGAAUUCCCGAGGCGGGGCGAAAAAGCGGUGUUCCGACAUCAAGCUGGGAGGAGUCCAGACGGACUCUGACUCGUUCUAUGUGAAGGAGGAUUCGGCCCGGAAGUUUGGCUGGAAGGUGGGAGACGUGUCGGGGGACGGUGGUAUUCCGGAGAUCAGGCGUCGCGUGGCGGUCCAGUGGGACGCUGACCUGGAGGAGGCGGUGGAUGGAGUGAGGUAUAUCGCUGAACACAUGAAGACGGAGGACGGAGAUGAAGGGAUCAUAGAGGACUGGAAGUACGUAGCGAUGGUAAUUGACCGUCUGUUCCUGUGGAUCUUUAUCCUGGUGUGUGUGGUGGGAACUCUGGGUCUCUUCAUGCAGCCCCUCUUCCAGAGCUACAACACUCCUACUGCAGACAGCAACGAGUAUGGUGAUUUCUGAGAGCCCCUGGGAGUGGGCGUUGGAGAGGGAAACCCCGUAGCAGCUAAACGGACCGCUGUCCUACGAACUCUGGAGCAACCUGUGCCAAAGCCAGCACCGUCAGUAGUACUUCUACCCUGGUCAGUAGCUCAUCAAGCAUUAGAAGACAUUGUAGAGGUACUAUACGGUCUACUGUGAGCAUUAUGCUGGAUCUCUCUCUCUCUAACUCUCUCUGGGCUCUCCACUCUUCAAGACAAGCUAGAUCUCAACUACCAACAGGACACAUUCAGGUUCUCUUCUCUUCCUUCUCAUGUACUAUUCAUGGACAGGGUCUCUCUUUCCUUUGUUUGUUCGCUCUCUCUCUUUCUUUCUGUCUGUCUCUUUUUUUCUUUCUCUCUUUCUUUCUGUCUCUCUCUCUUGUUCUCUCUCUUCUUUUGAGGAAGAUUUCACUUGGACGCACUUUGAACUGUGUUCUCCUCUUUAAGAGAGUGUACAGUAGUUAUAAUUGCAUUAUCUUAUGUUUGGAAAAUGUGGGUUCUCUCUCUCUCUCUCUCUCUCUCUCUCUCAAGCCAUUACACUUGCAGUAGCCUAUCAAAAGGAUAGGCCUAAGACUCUACACUUAAAGCUAAAGGAAGGAAACUCAUUUGAAGGACUGACAAAGGUCAUUGUGAAGAGACUUGUUAUUAAAAGAUGGUUUUGAAAAGACUAAUGAUCACGCCGCUUCCCUAGUUCCACACAACACACACUCUACUUAUUAUGUUUAAAUACCAACUGUAUGUUAAACCUGUCAGUCUGCUACUCUACUUCCCACAUAUCUGACCACAUGGCUGAGUCCAAAAUGGCACCUUAUUCCCUAUACGGGGCACUACUUUUGACCAGAGCCCUAUGGGUCCUGGUCAAAAGGAGUGCACUAUCUAGGGAAUAGGGUGCGGUUUUUGGAUGUAGCCCAUGUUCCAGGAUUUAGCUGGGACGUUCACUUUGUAUCUGCCUUAAUAAUAGAUGAAUACAGCUAAUGACGAUAGACUAAUUAUUAUAAGAGGAAUAAUUCAAGGAUUUUAACACCAGGAUAUUAUUGAUUCCAAAUCAGUAUGACAUCUGGAGAAAAACAACAAGAGCAACAAUGGGCUCCUUUGUAUUAUGUCAAAUAAAAUGCUCUAAAAAACA